AUGCUGCGCCCGAGUCUGCGAACCCGACCUCGCCCGCGUGUGGUCCUCCCGCACACUCGCCAUCGCUCGCUUCACGACCGCGGCAUCUGGGACUACGAAGAGCCCAAGACCUACACCCUUCCCGACUUUACGCCCUCUGAGCUCGCGAACCGCUCAAAGAACGCUUCGCUCCUGCGCCUCGUCGAAUCCUACAGGCGCCACGGACACCGCGCAGCAUUGGUCGACCCGCUCGACUUGGCGCAGAGACCGGUUGUUCCAGCACUCGAUCCGAGACGGUAUGGGCUUGGUGCCGAGCCGGAGAGGGACGAGUUCGUGAGCGAGACGCUGGCGGAGAGCAUCGAGGAUGAGGGGAAGAAGUACGAUACGACGGGCAUUCUUGAUUUCCCCGAGGACGGGAAGGGCCGCAUGCGCACAAUGAAGGAGAUCUCGCAGAGACUGGCGGAGGUGUACUGUGGCGGCGUUGCGUACGAGUUUAUGCACAUGCCAUCCAAGCACGAACGACGCUUCCUCGAGACCCUCCUCGAGCGCUCGCAUGCCGAACCCAUCUCCACCUCCGAACAACUCGAGAACUGGCGGCUCCUCGCUCGCUCAGAAGGGUUCGACCAGUGGGCUGCGAAGCGUUUCCCGAACGUCAAGCGGUACGGAGGCGAAGGCGCGGAAUCGAUGAUGGUUGCGGUCGCGAAGAUCUUGGGCGAGGCGACGAAGGGAGGCGUUGAGGAUGUCGUGAUUGGGAUGCCGCAUCGCGGCAGGCUCAAUCUCUUGACGCAGCUGCUUAAUCUUGAUAUGCGGCUGCUUGUGCGGAAGAUGCGCGGCCUGCCGACUCUCCCGCCUUCCCUUCCUCCCUCGCAAUUCACCGACGACGUCCUCUCCCAUCUCUUCCUCUCAACUCGGUACACCCCUCCCUCCUCAUCCGACUCGCUCACCGUCCACCUCCUCCCGAACCCCUCGCACCUCGAGACCGUCACUCCCGUCGCCCUCGGCUUUGCGCGCGGGUUGCAAGUCCCCUUUGGCUCGCUCGAAGCGCAAAAUUCGGGAUCUUCGCAGCCGUACGAACUCGGCUCGAAAGUCCUCAGUCUCUCAAUCCACGGCGACGCAGCAUUCGGCGGCCAAGGCGUCGUAGCCGAGUCCCUCAACCUCGCGAGCCUCCCUCACUUCACCUGCGGCGGCACGGUGCACAUCGUCGUGAACAACCAAAUCGGGUACACGACGCCCGCGACGCAAGGGCGGUCCAGCUUCUAUGCGACGGAUCUGGCCAAGAUGAUUGCUGCGCCGGUCUUGCAUGUCAACGGGGACAAGGUGGAUGAUGUUGCGAGGGCGAUGAAGCUUGCGUUGGCGUAUCAGCAGAAGUUCAAGAAGGACGUCGUGAUCGACCUGGUCGUAUACCGUCGUCGCGGCCACAACGAACUUGACGAACCGGCCUUCACCUCACCCGUCAUGUACUCGAAGAUCAAGGACCUGCCUUCCGUCGCCCAGCUCUACGAGCAACACCUGGUCGCCGAGUCCACCCUCUCUUCCUCCGACGCCGCUGCCUAUCGCAAGUCACACUUCGCCUCGCUCGACGAAGCACUCGCCGGCGCCGACCCGGAGAAGUUCACGCCGCCCGAGCUGGAGAUGCCUCGCGGGUGGUCCGAGAUGCGCUGGCCGGAGGAGGGCGAGUGGGAGACGCAGGUCGACACCGGCUUUGACGAGCAGGCUCUGCGCGAGAUUGGCGAGCGCAGCGUACAGGUGCCUGACGAGAUCACCGUCCACCCUCGCCUGCUCAAGAUGCACAUCCGCAAACGGCUCGACUCGCUCAAGGACGGCACAGGGAUCGACUUUGCGACUGCCGAAGCUCUCGCUUUUGGCAGUCUCCUGCUCGAGGGCAACCACGUCCGGCUCUGCGGGCAGGACAGCGGUCGCGGCACGUUCUCGCAACGACACGCCAUCCUCGCCGACCAGACCUCCGAGCGCGUCGCCGUCCCGCUUCAAACCCUCGCUUCCUCGCCUCCACCCUCGUCCAGCUCGUCGACCCAGCCCGGCACGAUCGAAUUCGUCAACAGCCCGCUUUCAGAGUACGCGCCUUUGUCCUUCGAACAGGGUCUGGCGUAUGUCUCGCCGAAGAUGCUGCCAAUCUGGGAGGCUCAGUUCGGCGACUUCCACAACACGGCACAGGUCACCAUCGACACUUACCUCGGAGGCGGCGAGACCAAGUGGGGCAUGCAGAGCGCCUUGACGCUCCUCCUCCCGCACGGACAAGACGGCGCAGGACCUGAGCACUCAAGCUCCCGCAUCGAGCGCUUCCUCCAGCUCACGAACGAGCCGCUCUCUCGCUCGAAGCCCUUCGUCCCGAACAUGCACCUCGUCAAUGUCACGACCGCCGCACAGUACUUCCACCUAUUGCGCAGGCAGAUGAAGCGCGACUACCGCAAGCCGCUUGUCGUCUUCUCGCCCAAGGGCAUCCUUCGUCUUCCGGCCGCUUCGUCGACCCUCGCCGAGAUGGCGCCCGGCACGACCUUCCAGCCCGUCUUGACCGAACAAGUCGCUGACCCAUUGAAGGUCGAGCGUGUCGUCCUGCUGUCGGGCAAGCUGUACUUUGAGCUCGCCAAGCAGCGCGCCGAGCGCAAGCUGGACGGCAAAAUCGUCUUCGUUCGCAUCGAGGAGAUCUCGCCGUUCCCGUACGAGGCCGUUUCCGACGCCCUCGCACCAUUCACGUCGGCCAAGUCGAUCGUCUGGGCGCAGGACGAGCCGGAAAACGCAGGCGCCUUCCUCUUCGUCCUUCCUCGCCUCCAGCAAAUCAUCCCGCGCGGACUUGAGCUCGAGUACGUCGGCCGCGAUGCGAUGGCAACGCCAGCUCAGGGCGUCAAAAAGUACUUCGAGGAACAACGGAAGGACAUUGAGGAGCGCGUCUUUGCCGGCUUGUAG